UCAAUCUUCUUAUUGCACACAAAAACAAAGCGAAAAUAGAAAAAAAGAAAACAAGAAAAAAAAAACUUCAAACUCAAAAUGACACCACCAACAAACAACACCACCUACGCCGUGUCGGCCACUUCAGCCGCCACCGGAUUCCGGUGGAGCUCUCCAAUACCAUACCUGUUCGGAGGUUUGGCUUUGAUGCUAAUCCUAAUAGCGUGUGCAUUGAUCAUCUUAGUGUGCUCUUACAAGAGACCAUAUUCUUCUUCAAACUCAUCGGAAAACGUCACCGGUGAUCAGGAAAAGACAUCCACGCCGGAGUUUCGUAUGGAGUUGUCGCCGGAAAUGGAGCCGAAAAUCGUCAUAGUCAUGCCCGGAGAUAUUAACCCCACCUACCUUUUAAAGCCUGCUCCACCCGCCGGCGUCUAUGAUCAUCUUGAUCAAGUUUGAGUUUUUUUUUAGCUUUUCUAAAAUAUUCGAUUUACAUUAUUUUUAUUUUUCCUUCUCUUUCUCCCUUCAAAUUUUGCUCCAAUUGAUGCCGGAGGCUAUAAUUUUGAUAGAACAACGAAUGUAUAAUAGAGGUUUUGCGUAGUGAUGUAAUUCAUUUUCACAGUUGCAAUUAAUUUAAAACGAUAAAAAAAAAAAAUUACGACUGUA